CGUGCUGACGGCGGCGGUAGCCGUAGCGGCGCAGUCCUCGUCCGGCGCCCGCGGCGCCCCCGCUACGGCCCCGAGCGGCCUGGCUGCGGGAUUGGUGCGCAGCGAUGGCACGACCGCCCCGGCAGCGCCCGGGGGCCUGGGUGCCGCUGCUCUUGCUGCUGCUGGCGGGGCCCACCGCUUGCGCCGCCAGCCCCGCAGACGACGGCGCGGGCCCCGGGGGCCGGGGACCCCGGGGCCGCGGGCGGGGGGACACGGGCGCCGACGAGUCGGUGCCGCGCCACGACUCCUCCUAUGGCACCUUCGCCGGGGAGUUCUACGACCUGCGCUACCUGUCCGAGGAGGGUUACCCUUUCCCUACUGCUCCUCCUGUGGAUCCAUUUGCCAAAAUCAAAGUGGAUGACUGUGGAAAAACUAAGGGAUGCUUUAGAUACGGCAAGCCGGGCUGUAACGCAGAGACCUGUGACUACUUCCUCAGCUACCGGAUGAUAGGGGCCGAUGUGGAAUUUGAGCUGAGUGCUGACACAGAUGGUUGGGUGGCAGUUGGAUUCUCUUCAGACAAGAAAAUGGGUGGUGAUGACGUCAUGGCCUGUGUCCACGAUGACAAUGGCAGGGUCCGCAUACAGCAUUUCUAUAAUGUUGGCCAGUGGGCCAAGGAGAUCCAGAGAAAUCCUGCCAGAGAUGAAGAAGGAGUCUUUGAGAACAAUCGGGUCACCUGCAGAUUUAAACGCCCCGUGAACGUUCCCAGAGACGAGACAAUUGUCGAUCUGCAUUUGAGUUGGUAUUAUCUGUUUGCCUGGGGUCCAGCCAUUCAGGGCUCUAUCACCCGACACGACAUAGACUCACCACCGACUUCAGAACGUGUUGUCAGUAUUUACAAGUAUGAAGACAUUUUUAUGCCAUCAGCUGCCUAUCAAACCUUCUCCUCUCCAUUUUGUUUGCUUCUCAUUGUUGCCCUGACCUUCUACUUAUUGAUGGGAACCCCUUAACUACAGCUGCAAAGCCAACAUAUUAAAUAGAUUAGAAAGUCUUUAGUAUAAAUAUAUUUUUAAAGAAUAUGCAGUAUCAUUUUAGCUUUUCUUAUUUAAAAAAAAAAAGACUCCUAUGAUUUCAGUUCUUUGGAAGAAAGAGCAAGCUGCUUUUCUAAUCAAAGAGGAUUGUUUAAUAUUGAUCCCAUACUUUUGGAAAGUACUUAAAAUUUUUUCUAAGCACUUUCACAUGUGUUUUUUUAUUUGAGCUUCAUAACAUCUCUGAGUUGGCUUGAUUGAAAAUUGUUAGGGCCAUCUUACUGAAUGGGCUUUGAAGUUGAGGAAGCUGCCUUUUUUGGUGACCUGUGUGCCAUGUGGCCUUGGCUGCUUGGUCAGAUAACACAUAAUAAGGUAGAGAAAGAGCUAGGCACACGGAUGCUAAACGACCUUUAUUCUUCCAACUACAGCUCAGGAGAGUUACUUGGAGCAUUACUAAAGAGAACUUUACUGGGUGGCCCUUAGUCGGGAGAAGUUUCAAAUUUCCAUAAUACGUUUGGAUAUUUACACAGCUGAAGGGGAGAAUGGGAAAAUUUGCAAUGAUAAGAAAAUGGUCUGUACUUACUGGAAAUGUCUUCUCCGUCAGUGAGUAGUUAUGAGAAAAUAUUUUUUUAUUGCUGUUUGGGAAGGUUAGAAACAGAACUGUGAGUGUUCCUGAAGAUGUAAAACUCUAUUAAUGAUAAAAAAAAAAUAAGGGCAUUCUUAGUGGUUAGAAUUUAGACUCUUCUAUCACUGUAUUUUAUAAAUUAAACAGUUCAUGUAUGGUUACAGCUAAUUCUGUUGUCAGAGUCAACAUCUACUGAGUAUGGUUAAAUAUGUAUUAUAAUAGACAAAUCAUCCUAAUAAAAGUUUAAGGCAUUUUGAAAAUAAAUUAACAUUUUUGGAGAUUGUGGAGAUUUGGAAUAGAAACUUUUUAAAGAUGACAUUUCUUUUUUAAAUCAGAAAAUGGGAGAUGACUCCUGGAGUGAAUUCACCUAGAGUUUCUGUUCAGCGUGUUCAGACGUGUAGACUGGACCAGCAGUCGCAGAAGUUAUCCUAAUGCCUUGACUUAAUGCAUUCCCUUUUUUCAAAGGAACUCAAAUGUUCCUUUGUUGCAAAUGUCUGUUCAGAGGAGAAGAGUCUAUGGUAUCGUUGAGUAGCUGAUGGAUUUCUACUGACGAGUUUUGCAGUCCUCUGGCUUGUCCCCCUGCUUGUUGCUUUACAGCUGGAUUUGUGGAUUUUGUGAUUAAACAAGACUGGAGACUGAUUUCUAAUGCAGUCCUUGGAAUUCACCAUCAGGGUGAAAGUCCGCUUGGAGAGAGGGGUACCUUUCAAAUUGUGGAACUGUAUAAAAAUAAGGAAAAUAUUGAGAUUUUGUGACAUACAGUCUACCAAGUGAUGUCGGAGAAAGAAUCCUCAUUGCAGAUGGGGAGAGGUUAAAUGACAUUCGGUGAGCAGAAGAGCUGGGUAGGAUUCAAACUCAGGUCAUCUAGUUCAAGUCUGUGGCUCCACCUCACUGCCAUCGCCUUGGAAUGGAGCCCUCGGGUCCACACUGAGAGUGGCCAUUGCACACCUUCUAAGCUAUUGUGCUUGUUCAGUAGUGAGGAUAGAGCAUGUGCAGGCACCCACUUUGUAAAUAAGAAGGCAAAUAUUUUUCUACUUCACUCUCUGAUGUAUAUAGUAUUUUAGCUACACACAGGUUAAGACGAAAGAGAGAUGGGCCAGCCUCUGGAGCAGGCAGGGAAGGACUACCCUAACUGACUUUCACUCUUUUGCAUUUCAGGUCAAGCUAAUAUUUCAUGAAUUGCUUCCACUUUGAUAACCAGUCUUGCAUAUGCAUGCUUGGAACUUUCUCUGACUUCUCAUUGCCAUUAGGGUAACACGCAGUCCAUUUUGAUUACCCCCAAAGUCAUCUCUUGCCACCACUCCUCACUUGCUUCGUCCAUGCAAGACAGCUGCUCUCAGCUCCCCUCUCAUGGUGCUGCCUGUGCCCAGAAGUCUCCCACUUCCUGUGCUUGCUGAAUUCCUGCCUAUCUUUCAGGUCACAGCUUUAGUAUUUCUUCCUCCAGUCCCCUGGACUCGACAGGUGUAGUUCCCCGCCACGUGCUCCCACAUCACACUGGGCUUCCCCAUCCUGCUGUCCAUCACACUUUACUGCAGUCGCUUGCUUGCCCUGCCUUGCCAGUUCCCCGAUGCAGGGACCACGACAACCGUGAGUUGUAACAGACACCGCUACGCUGUUGGCACUCGGCAAACACUUGUUGGACAGAAAAAGCAAAUAAAACUGUACUUCCAUGGCAAGUCGCUUUGGUUCAGAAGCUUGUAUUUCAUCCACGAAGCCAGAAGGGCCAACAUUUUUAUUUUCUUCCUCCUGUGAUCCAACCAUAAGCCAUUUCUUGAGCAAACCCUGAACUUUCAAAACACAGAUAGGAAGUUGGUGCCAUUGUGCCCUGCAGUGAACCUUAAUUGGUAUUUUGAACAAUAAUUAUUGUUCGCAAAUAAGAAUUGACAAGCCAGGUCUGCACAACAGCAUUUGACUGUCAUUUCGGAAGAUCAUUAGUUUGCAGGCACACUGAAAUUAGAAUUCUGCAGAUUUCAACUUCAUUUAUUCUUACCUAAUAUGAGAAUAAAUUUCUGUUUUAUCUCUGUAUUCCCAUUUUCCAACAUAGUACUUGUAACAGGGGAGAUGCCUAACCCAUACACACACACGUGCACACACACACACACACACACAUACAUAUGUACAUAUGUGUGUGUAUAUAUAUAUAUAUAUAUAUAUAUAUACACAUUUAAUAAAAUGCCCAAGUAGAACCAUAAUAACAGCUAAAUGUAUUGAGUGCUGUUCUAAGCCCUUUAUGUGGAUUUAUCCAUUUAAUCCUCAUAAUCCCCACAGGAAGUAGAUUCCGUUAUUAAACCAAUUUUACAGAUGAAGAAACUGAGGCUAGUCAUUUGGCAUAGAUGACCAGUGCUGGCCGUUGAACCUACGCACUUCUUUUACAAAGGGGCAGCUGACGCCCACAUAGGUGAGAGGAAUUCCUGCACAUUCAUGUCCUUACGCACACUCAUUAAGUUGUUUAUUAAAUGGAACCCACUAAGCACACUCAAAUUAGAUGCUUUUCUCCCCUUUACUGAUUUACAGUAAAAUAAGAGGACUUUUAGAGUUCUGUUUAGGGAAAGAGGUACAUUUUUCUUUCUUAUAAAAAACAUCUAGACUCUUUAUCAGCCAUUUUAGUACUUUUAAUAGUUUUUUUUUUUAAAUACACAGAUUGGAUAAUAAUGGAAGAAUGUAUUUGUCUUAGUUACUUUUUAGAAGUGAUUUGCCGAAAGCCCCAGGUCUUCUCAUUUGGAACCCAAUGUCCUCUCAUUGCUCCGCUGUGGUCACAAAGCUGAAUUUAUAACCAUGAUUUCAGACAAAAUGCAGGAGCCGUAUUUAAUGAUCUUAAGCUGGCUUUUGUCAUUAAGGACACCAGAAAGAUUUGACAGCUCAGGGAUGGAUUUUUCAUCCCAGAUGGUUCUUACUACAACUGCUGUAAUUAAGUUUCCUGUCUAUAUUCUGGAUUUUGUGCUUCCAAGAUGUUACCACAGAGGUUGUGUGUCAUUCUCAGGCCUAGGCUGAGGUCUGCAAACCUUUUCGGUAAAGGGCCAGAUGGGAGAGAGUUUUAGGCUCUGCGGUCUCUGUUUCAGCUGCUCGUUCUGCUGCAGUAAAUCCAAAACUGGGUAAGCAGCACUUUUAAUUUCUUUAAACUGUGGCAAUCAUGAAGGACUUUCACUGCUGAACUUCUCUUCAUGGUGGGGAUUUCAGUGUUUCCUAGUAAUUCACUUCCCUGUAGAUUUCUUUUUAAGCAUUAUUUAAAUCUGUUAUGCCCAAGGGAGAGUUUUACACACGUGAUUAUGGCACCUUGCUUGUGUAUCUUAGUGGAAAAAUGUUUGAGAAUCCCUUCCCUAGGCUAGAUGCUGAGAUGUGUAUAGUUGGUUGUAUAUAAUUGUAGGGUAUAUCCUUGUUCUCUAAACAACUGGUUAUGAUUAUUCUCAGUGUGUGUGUGUAUAUAUAUGUUUGUACAUACAUGACGAGGUCUGCGUGUGUUUGUACAUAAACGCCUGUAGACACAUGCCAUGCCCACGUGAAGGUCUUUGUCAGGAUUGUUCCUGUUCCUGAUCUCUUGAAUCCUCUAAACCGCGAGAGAUACAUCUUUGUGCCUAUUACAGGCAAAGCUACCUUUGAGUUUAUAGGAAUUUCGUUUGUAGAAAGGAUUCCUUUAUGAAGCCUUCCCUCCUCCACUCAACCAGAUAAUGAGUUGUUAAGAAUGUACAAAGUAUCAUUGUUGAGUUUGACUUGGCUAUAUUUUUAGUUAAGAAACUAAGGCUGAGGUUAACUAACUAAAUGGCAUGUUGAUAGAAGCUAUACAUAUUUUGUAUUUAGAUUCCUUAUCCGGAUAUUUAGUUAUUUCAAGUUGGACUUCCCUGUUUUCAUAUUUAAUCAACAACCUGAUUGUAAAACAACGUGCUAUUUUCGCAAAAAUAGUGGCUAUGCUAGUGCGAUUUUAAGUAUGUCUGCAGACUGAACCUUGAAGUGAAUCAUCAAGCUCUUUGAGAUUUUUCUCUUAAAAUGGACUGAUGCUUGCUGUUAGGCAAAUAGCUGUUGAGUUCCAUCCUUCUGGAGGGUAAGUGAUGCUCUAGGGUGGACUCUCAGCAGUGGCUGCGGCGUCCACCCGGGUCACAAGAGUCUGGUUCCACUUCAUCACGUGCAAUGUCCCGGCCACCUGGAUGAGCAAAUGCAGCUUCUCCACAUGCCUUAUUCCCACAGACACGUUGAUAUGCUGGAACAAUCUGGCUCCAGGAGUAUUAAUAUACUUUUUUGAGACUGUCUACAAAAUACUAUUUUGUAAAAACGAUGCCUUUACAUAGACACUGAUGGGUUAUAUUUGUUUUAUAAUAAUUGUGUACCUAAUGUUCAACUGCAAUUGAUUUUGAGACUUAUGUAUAUUUAUAAGCCUGUCCUCUGUGAAUUUUUACUCUAAGAUAUGAUACCUUACUAAUAAAUACAUGGAUUUCUAUUUAUGUAAAAUAAUUGUAGCAAUAUUCCUAGAUGCUACCUAAAUGAUUGUUCUGUCCAUUUGCCAUCACAAAUCCUUUUAUGUUUAGAGAAUUAUGUUACAAUUAGAAUAUGUUAACUAGAUAUAAACUUUAAAGUAUAAAUUCUCAACAUGGUUUGAAAUUCUUCUUCCUGUUGGUACAAUUAAAGUUAGUUUAUAAUUCCUUA